AUGAGAAAAAGAAAUGUUUCAAAAUCUUCUAGUGUUAUGCCAUUUGGUAACGAUCCACCAGACUAUGUUCAUUUACGAAGCAACGAGAGUCAAAUGCAAUUGAUAGCCAUCAAUGAGAACGGUGAUCCGCAAACCCCCAGGUAACUAACUACAUUCUUUUGCAAAGAAAAGUUCUGGCCACUUCAGACUGUUUACAUAACUAAAUACAAAAAUAAAAUAUUCACAUGUUUUCAGUGGUUCACCUUGUUUCAAUUCAUCAUCGGCACGCGAUGACCCUCCAGCAGUUCUUUUCAUUCCCGGGAAGGUCAGUUUGAGAAAAAAAGAGGAGGAGGGAAUGGGAAUCAGAAACAAGUUUCAUUUUUCAUUUUUUGAAUUGCAAAAAGAGCGUAAUCUCUGUUUUUUUGAACAUUCUAUUGAUUGACAAACUGUUGAGUGUCAAAAGACAAAAAAUGGUAAGAUAAUUUUAUGAGUUAGUCUAAAUUGGACCACCUAGCCAUAGGGAUUCUUUGGUCAAGGACUUGUCAUAGCGGUCCAAAUUUUCGAGAAAAAUUUUGACUAUCGGACUUCGAAAGUUCAAUAUUUUAGGUGUCUAAUUCAGACAUUAUUCAGAAAGUUGUCUGAAUUUUUGGGUCGGAUUAAGCAAUCCGGAUUCCCCCAGGUUUAAAAAACCAGUAAAUUUCAGGGAACAGCAAGAUGGUGGAAAUCUCGAACAACACUUGAGCGAUUCCUUCUCCCCGCUUUUCUUCUACUCUUCCUUUUGUCAAUUGUUCUUCUCGCAGUUAUUAUUAAUUCUGAUAGACGUAGAGAAGUCAAAGAACAAGGAACUCAAGUUGAUUUUCUGCCAUUAAUGGAUCAAUCAACAUCUACUGAACCAGCUACAACUUCGACAUCAACAUCAACUACAACUACAUCAACGACUACAGAAAAACCGAAAGAUGAAAUUUGCACAACGCCUGGAUGUGUUAUGGCAGCUAAUCAUUUCGUGAGUUUCAAGUUACAAUACAUUUUGAAGAUGAAAAUUUCCAGUUGAACGCUAUGAAUACAACUGUUGAUCCUUGUACUGAUUUCUUUGAAUUCGCUUGUGGACAAUGGAAUGAACAACAUCCAAUUCCAGAUGAUAUGUUCAGUUAUGGAACAUUUGCAUAUGCUCGAGAACAAGUUCGACAACAACUUCGAGUUCUUCUUGAACAAGCAAUUGUUAGUGAAUCGAGAUCCAUUAAUAUGGCAAGAGAUACUUAUAAAUCAUGUAUGAAUAAAACGGAACUCGAUGAACUCAAAACUGAACCACUUUUUGAAUCAUUAAAGGAUUUGGGAAAUUGGCCACUUCUUGAUGAAUCUUGGGACAAGAAAAACUUUAAUUUAACAGGUACGGUAGAUAAUUAGGCAAAUUUGGUAUGAAUUAAUAAUUCCAGAUCUAUUGAUAAAAGCAAGACGAGAUUAUGCAGUUGAUGUAUUCUUCCAACAUUAUGUUUAUGCUGAUUCGAAAAAUACAUCAAGAAACACUUUAUUCGUCGAUCAAGGAUCAUUGGCAUUAGGAAGGGGUUCAAAAGAUUAUUACCUUAAUGGAACAUUGUUUGCUAGUCACAUGGCUGCAUACAGAAAAUAUUUGAGAGGGGUAAGGAACACACAAAGAAUUAUAUUUGAUUAUAAUACAAAAACAAUAUUUUCAGAUAGCAAAUGUUCUGAAAAGUGAUCAUAAUUUGACACGAAAUGAUCAAUCAAUUAAUGAAGAUAUUACAAAAAUAAUUGAAUUCGAGACUGAAUUUGCAAAACUUGUUGUCGCUGAAGAUGAAAGAAGAAAUAGUACUCGACAGUAUAAUAAAAGAACAUUAUCUUCACUUUACGAAUUGAUGCCUCAUGUUGAUUGGGUUGAUUUCUUCCGAAAAAUUGCACCAUCUGAUAUGAUUUAUUUUUUUAAUAAUGAUACUGAAGUUAUCAUUGGAGAAAUCGAAUUCAUGCAGAAAAUGUCACAAUUAAUUGAGAAAACUGAUUCGAGAGUUUUGGCAAACUAUGUGAUUUGGAGAGUUGUUCAAUCAAAUGUGAGAUAUUUGGAUGAACGAUUUGAUGAUUUGAAACAAGAUUUUUUGAAAGUAAUGACUGGACAACAACAAACACCUCCAAGAUGGAAAGAUUGUGCACAAGUUCCGAGCACAAUUCUACCAUUGGCAGCUGGAGCAAUUUAUGUUCAAGCUCAUUUUGAGGAAAAUGAUCGACACGAAGCUCUUCAAAUGAUUACACAUCUUCGAAAUUCGUUCACAGAAUUGGUUAAACAAAAUGAUUGGAUGGAUGAAAAAACAAAAGAAGUUGCGAUUGAAAAAGCAAAUUCAAUGAUAAAUAAUAUCGGAUAUCCGGAUGUGACAAAGAAUUUGAAAGAAUUAGAUGAACAAUAUGAAGAAUUGGAUAUUAGUGUGAAAGAUACGUAUUAUGAGAUUAUGAAGAAGAGUGUUAUUUGGAUUCAGAGUAAAGAUUUCAGAAAGUUAACAAAACCUUUUGAUAAACAUGAAUUUGAUGUUAGUUCAGCAGUUGUAAAUGCAUUUUACUCGCCAGAGAAAAACUCAAUCAGUAAGUCAUCUUAUCUAAAUUUCAAUUUUUCAAAAACGAAUCAAUAUUUCUAGCAUUCCCCGCUGGAAUUCUACAACCCCCAUUCUUUAGUGGAAAAUUCCCAAAAGCUGUAAACUACGGAGCUAUGGGAGCUGUGAUUGGACACGAAAUAACUCAUGGUUUUGAUGAUCAAGGAAGUCAAUAUGAUAAAGAUGGAAACUUACAUAAUUGGUGGAGUGACAGCUCGCUUCAAGCAUUUGAUAAACGGCGAAGAUGUAUUGUUGAGCAGUAUGGGAAUUAUACAGUGCCAAAGACAAGUUUCAAGGUAACUGAAAAAAAUAUACUUGCAAUUAAAACGUGGAAACUAUAAUGAAAAAGACUGAAUUUAAGUAGAAAAAAACUUGAAGAAGUGAAAUGAAAUAUAAAGCGGAAAGUGCGCCAGUAUUGAUUUGUUUGCGCGUUUUUCGUGCAAAAAUCGUGUUGGGGUGAUUCAGAAUUUUAAUUUUUUUAGUUAAAAUAAUUUAUCGAUUCACAUGAUCCCUUUUGUGAGAAUCGACAAAAAAGUGAAAAUAAAAAGGAAAAACAAUAAAAUAAAUUUUUCGCGCACUGAUUUUUAGGUAGAUCAAAUUUGAAUUUGGAAACUCCGCAAUGAAAAAAUGUUUGCAUGUAAAUUUUCAGGUGAACGGAAAACUUACACAAGGAGAAAAUAUCGCUGAUAACGGAGGAGUGAAAGAGGCCUUUGAGGCAUACAAAAAAUAUGUGGCUGAAAAUGGAGAGGAGCCUAGAUUGCCUGGAUUACAACAAUAUUCGAAUGAACAAAUAUUCUUUGUCAGUUAUGCACAUGUAAGUUCAAAUUUGCCGAGCAGAGCGAAUGUAGACAAAAAAUCUAGAAUAUUAGGCUUUGUCUCUGCCUCUCAUCAUGGCUCCAUAAGGAAAAAAACAAAUUUCAGUUCUGGUGUGGCAAGAAAAAAGACGCGGCUGCAAUGCAACAAGUUCUAACCGACGAACAUUCUCCCGAAGUUUUUCGUGUAAUUGGAGUUCUCUCAAACAUGCCAGAAUUUGCCAAAAUCUACAAUUGCCCCAAAAAUGCGCCAGUCAAUCCAGAUCACAAAUGUAUUGUUUGGUAG